AAAAGAAAAAAGAAAUGAGUGAAAACACAAAAUAUGUUGUCAGUACUAAGUUAAUAAACAGUAGUGGUUGAUCUUUAUCUUAUCUUAUAACCAGGAGAAAGUUCCUCAUAGCAGGUAACUUCCUGGUUCAUCGUCCAACCUAAAAUAGAUCCUUCUAUUAGAUGUGGGACGCAGACAGAUAAAGAGUAUACAGUAUAUAUAGAGAGAAACAGUCUCUCUGUGUUAGUGUUUGUAUUAAUUUACUGUCUGUUAACGUCCACUAUGUCUCUGUUGCUGCUGCUGAUGCUGCUGGCGUGCGGCUCCCAGGCGACUCAUUUCUUAGGGACAGUGAUGACCUAUUACCCGAAACAGACCAACACCGAUGGAUCCGUCACGGUGGUCAUCCGCUAUAAGCUGAACUUUCACAGAUGCACUGAUGGUGACACAUGGAGGUGCUUGAGUGGGAAUUGUGGGAAUCCGAGUUCUUUAGUGCUGAAUGAGGUCGACAAGGAGAGCAGCGGAGAGUGGUGUCAGAGAGAGGGAAUCAUGACUCGACAGGUUCCCAGCAACGCUCCAUUUGAGCUUUGGUUGGACCGUGGUAACUGGAUAAAUAACAUCGUAAAUGGCAUCAUAAAUUGGAGAGCUGUGACUCUGGUGGAGCUGAGGAACCGGUCGGACACCGGCCGAGCCAACAGAUCACCCCAGACCACCAUCCUGCCAGCUGUGAGAGUUCCUUCAAACUGUCGGAGAGAUUUCAACCUGUUGGCGUUUGACCCUGACGGAGACGAGGUCAGAUGCAGAUAUGGAAACCCAACACUGUCAGAGUGUAACCCCUGCACACCGCCCUCUGUUCUCCACCUCUCAUCAUCUUGUUCGCUAUCGUUCAGCUCCAUGAGGAGCAAGAACGAAGGUCCGUACGCUGUACAGCUGGUGAUGGAGGACUUUCCCAGGCAGACUAUCACCUUGACUCAAACUGGCGGGGUCCAGGUGAUAACGACUAACAGCCCACUCAGCAAACUACCUGUCCAGUUUGUAUUAAGAGUGGAUCCUGUGGUGCCAUCGUGCACAGAGGGACUCUAUCUGCCCAAGUUCCUGCCUCCAACCCCAGCCAACAGAGCUCAGCUGUACAACCCCGUCUAUCAGUCCCUGGAAAUCAGCAUCAGUGCCGAGGCAAACGUCUCCUUGAUCUCUGAGCUGCUGUUCAGCGGGCCGUACAACAUGAUCAAGACGACAUCAGGAUCCGGACGAUUCACCCUGAGAUGGACACCGUCUGAGGACGAAGAUGGAGAAAGCCACCCAGUCUGCUUCGUUGUCCAAGCUGUUCACAAUUCAUAUAAGUAUCACUCGGAGCUGCGAUGUCUCAUUGUGAGCGUUGGAAACGAACCACCAUCGAUUACAACUGCAGCCCCAUUAACUCCAACCACAGGUCCAACCACUAGUCCAACAACUCCAACGAAGCCUGAAUCCGAUCAUUUCGUCGUCGGUCUGAGAGUGAGGAUCACCUCUUUGUCUGCGCUGUCUGAUGACGACCUCAGGACUGCUGUCAUUCAACAGCUUAAAGAUGAACUGGUGAGACGAGGGAUUCCCCCAUCCUCCGUCCUGACCUUCGUGAGGAGAGUGUGACUGGUGUGACUGGUGUGACUGGGAGUUACAGCCCACAGCGCCCCCUACUGGUUCAACGGGAUUAUUUACUGACUCCUGACUGAGGGGGACAAUUUUUGUUUUCAGAAUAAAGUCA